GGGAGACAGGGCCCGCUCGGUCACCCGCGGGUGGUUCUCGGCGGCCCCGGGUGCAGGCCCGUGGCUCAGGCGCUGUCCGUUCCGCGGGGAGCAGGAGCGAUGGCGGCCCCGGAGAGCAGGUCGGUUUUCGAGGCCGCCCAGGACGCCGUCCUGCUGCGCGGGCUCACCCUCCUCACCGGAGUUGCUGCGGAGGCCUGGGGCGCCGAGCCGGCACCGGUGAGCCACGACAAACCCGCAGCCGCUGGCAGUGAGGAGAAAGCCCAUGGGGUCCAUGCGGUGCCAGAGCGGAUGUGCUGCUCCACCUGUGAGCAAGUGUUCAGCAGCCGGGAGGAGCAGACUGAGCACUACCGUCUCGACUGGCAUCGCUUCAACCUAAAGCAGCGGCUCCUGGGGCGCCAGACAUUGCCAGUAGAAGCGUUUGAGGAGAAGACCCGUGCAGGUAGUGUCUCUAGCAUCUCGGGGUCCGAUUCAGAGAACUCUGAUUCAAGCAGUGAGUCGGAGUUGCUGCCCUCUGCCAGCAACAGUCCUGGGACCCUCCAGAUCCCACGUUCCCACAAGGUGCUGUUCCGCAAUGCAGAGGGCCAGCUCAUUUCUGCCUACCGCUGCGUGCUGGGCACCGGGAAGGGUGGCAGAGAGGAGCCAGUGGAGCUGGCAGCAUCACUGCAGAGCCUCGAUGCGAGCACAUGCUGGGUUGUGCUGAUGAUGGGUGGCGGGCACUUCGCAGGAGCUGUGUUCCGAGGCCCCCAGGUGCAGGAGCACAAGACAUUCCACCGCUACACAGUGCGAGCCCGGCGGGGCACAGCCCAGAGCCUGUGGGAUGCCCACACCCCAGGGUCGGCACCCAGAUCAGCUGGAGCCUCCCUGCGGCGUUACAAUGAGGCUGCCUUGCUCAAGGAUAUUCAGGACCUGCUGUUGGCCUGGGCACAGCACCUCAAUGAAGCUCAGCGCAUCUUCCUGCGGGCCCCUCGUCACAACCGUGCACUGCUCUUUAGUGGCAGGAACCCACCCCUCAGCUGGGGCGACCCUCGCAUCUUCCACAUCCCCCUCAGCACCCGCAGGGCCACCCUGCGAGAGGUGCUGCGAGUCCACAGCAUGCUGGCCAGCCUGCAGGUGUAUGGGAAGGACACGCCACUGGAGGAUAUCACUGGGUCCCCCCGGAAGGGCUGGCAGAAGAGGCGGCAGAAAGUAGAGGUGGAUCCCCCGCAGGACGACAUGAGUGCCCCAGAGGAGGAGAAAGAAGAGGAGGAAGAAAGCCCUGCAGGGGAAUUGGAGACUGUGGAAGUGACACUUGGGACCUUGGACCUCCGGGAGUUCGAGGUGAUGCGCAAGCGAAACCGCAAAAAGAGGAAGAAGAGGGACAAGAAGGUGGAGAAAGGUCCCUGUGCUGAAGAGAUGCGAUGCCAUGGUACCCAGUGCGGACACCCUGGCCUGGAGCUGGUGACAGAGCUGCAAGGGGAGGCUGAGCCCCUUCCCUGGGACAAUGGAGGCAACCCUCAGACCCAGGUCCGUGAUGCCCUGUUCACCGCCUGCAAAACGGGGGAUGUGGGGAUGCUGCGACACUUCCUGGGUGUACCAGAGCACAGGGCCCUGUCAGGGGCCAGCAAGGGUGGGGAGGGCACACAGCCCUUGGAUAUGCCACACUCCCUGCUCAAUCAGCCCAUGGAUGAGCACGGCUGCACCCUGCUUCACGUGGCAGCGCGGGCAGGGAAGGCUGAGGCUGUGUGCCUGCUGCUGGAGGCAGGAGCGGACCCUGCCCUCAGAGAUGAUCAGGAGAGGACCCCGUACUGUGUCUCUGCUGACAAACUGACCCGCAACACCUUCCGCAAGUUCAUGGUGGACCACCCGGACAAGUAUGACUACAGCCGUGCCAAGGUGCCAGGGCCCUUGACACAGGAGAUGGAGGCCAAGAAGCUGGAGAAGAAGCGGGCACAGAAGGCGCAGCGGAAGCAGCGAGAGCAGGCACAGCGGGAAGAGCGGCAGCGCCAGGAGCAGGAGCAGGUGGAGAAGCAGCGGUUCGCAGCCCUGUCCGACAGGGAGAAGAGGGCACUGGCUGCUGAGCGGAGGCUGGCUGUGCAGCUGCAGGACACUGGCACAACUCUUGCUAACGUCAGCCGCUGCUGGCAUUGUGGAGAGUCCCUCCUGGGCCGCAUCCCUUUCCAUUACCUCGACUUCUCCUUCUGCUCCACAGCCUGCCUGCAAACACACCGCCGGGCUCGGGCUGCCCACACAUAAGGCUGGGGGGGCUUCAGCUAUGUGGACCUGGUGGAAGGCCUGCGGGAUGGGCGCUUCUAUGCCCUGAAGCGCAUCCUAUGCCAUGACAAGGAGGACCACCAGGCUGCCCUGCACGAGGUGGAGAUGCAUGGCCUCUUCGACCACCCCAACAUCCUGCGCCUGGUGGCCCACUGCAUGGUGGAGAAGGGUGCCAAGCACGAAGCCUGGCUCCUCCUGCCCUACGUGAAGGGGGGGACCCUCUGGAGUGAGGUGGAAGCACUGCGAAAGAAAGGGACCUUCAUGCCAGAGCAGCGAAUCCUUCUCAUCCUCCAUAGCAUUUGCAGUGGCCUGCAAGCCAUCCACAGCAAGGGCUAUGCACACAGGGACCUCAAGCCCACCAAUGUGUUGCUGGAUGAAGAUGACCGGCCUGUACUGAUGGACCUGGGCUCCAUGAACCAAGCUCGCAUCGAAGUCAGCAACUCUCGGGAGGCCAUGGCCCUGCAGGACUGGGCUGCCCAGCGCUGCACCAUCUCCUACCGUGCCCCCGAGCUUUUCACGGUGCCAAGCCAGUGCAUCAUAGAUGAGCGCACGGAUAUCUGGUCCCUAGGCUGUGUGCUGUACUGCAUGAUGUUUGGGGAGGGCCCCUAUGAUGCCAUCUUCCAGAAAGGCGACAGCGUGGCUCUGGCAGUGCAGAACCCCAUCACUGUGCCCUCCACAACCAGGUACUCGGCUGCCUUGCAGCGCCUGCUCUCAUCCAUGAUGACAGUGAACCCCCAGGAACGACCCAGCAUAAACGACAUCCUCCACCAGCUGGAGGGGCUGCAGCCAGUGCCAGCGGGACAGGACACCACACAGAUCUGAGCCUGUCCCACCCCAAAGCGGCGACGCACCUGAAGCUGACCCAGGGGAAAAGCAGC